AAAUCGGUCGAGGUGAUGGGGGUUGGGAUAUGCUUUUUUUUUCUGAGCCAUUUCUUCCCUGUGUUCUAAACUUUUAAUUCGUUGUUCGGUUUUGAUUUCGGCUUCACAGGCGCAUUUCGUGGUUUUUCGGUGUAGGUUUGCAUUUUGCAAAGUCUCAAGGCCAAGCAUAUAUUAUGAUGAUGGCUUCCAGAACUCCUGGAACGCCAAGAGCUAAGAAGGAGAAGAUUGUUGUUUUAGUGUGUUUAAGGCCUCUAAGCAAAAGGGAGGAACUUGCAAAAGAACAAGUUUCGUGGGAUUGCCUAGGCGAUAACACCAUUGUUUAUAAACCCCCGCCUCACGAACGUUCCGCUCAAUCCACCUCGUUUACAUUUGAUAAAGUUUUCGGUCCUGGUUCAACCGAAGCAGUAUAUGAGGAAGGAGUGAGAAAUGUUGCCUUGUCUUCUCUGAUGGGAAUUAACGCAACUAUAUUUGCUUAUGGACAAAGUGGCAGUGGCAAGACAUACACAAUGAGACGAAUAAUGGAAAAAGCUGUGGAUGAUAUCUACAACCAUAUGAUAAAGACUCCAGAGAGAGAGUUUGCAAUAAAAAUUUCAGGACUUGAGAUAUACAAUGAGAAUGUCCGCGACUUGCUGAAUACAGAAUCUGUUGGUAAUUUAAAGCUUUUAGAUGAUCCAGAGAAAGGAAUCGUGGUUGAGAAAUUGGUGGAGGAAGCUGCAAGCAGUCAUCAGCACCUGAGAAGUUUAAUCGGAAUUUGCGAGGCUCAAAGAGAAGUUGGUGAAACUGCUCUAAACGAAAACAGUUCACGGUCUCAUCAAAUAAUAAGGCUGACAAUUGAAAGUACAGUCCGUGAAAGUUUAGACUGCAGGACGUCUUUCGUUGCAAGCCUGAAUUUUGUAGACCUAGCUGGAAGCGAAAGAGCUCCAGAUACGCAUGCAGACGGUGUUAGGCUAAGGGAAGGCUGCCAUAUUAACCUUAGUUUGAUGACACUUACUAACGUUAUCAGAAAGCUCAGUGCUGGAAAAUUAAGUGGUCCUAUACCUUAUCGAGACUCAAAGCUCACUCGCAUAUUGCAACAUUCUCUUGGAGGAAACGCUCGCACUGCCAUCAUAUGUACCUUGAGUCCAGCACUGAGCCACGCUGAACAAUCUCGAAACACUCUCUUCUUUGCUACACAGGCAAAGGAGGUAACAAAUGAUGCCAGCGUGAACACGGUUGUAUCAGACAAGCAGCUAGUCAAACACUUGCAAAAGCAAGUAGCUAAGCUGGAAGCAGAGCUGUACACCCUUUAUCCAUUGAGGGAAAGAAUUCAGCAGAUGGAAAUGGAAAUGGAGGAUUUGAGAAGCGAAAGAGAUUUGGCUCGAUCUCAGGCGGAUGAGUUACGCCAUAAACUUGAGGUUCAGAGUUUAUAUCCAUUGGAAUUACCUCAUCGCUCUGUGGACAACUAUCUCUCCUACACUGGUGUGCUACCAACAUCAUUUUAUGCCAAGGAACUAGGAGAUUGUGAUACAGCAACAAAUGCAAGGACCAAGCACUCCAUUAGGCACUCGGCAACUCCUCCUUUCAUGCCAAGACGUGAAGUUCUAAAACAUGAAAUCUCAUCAGAGCAACUUUCGGAGGAACCAAGUCGAGCUCUAAAACUAGACGUGCUUUACAAAAGCAAAUUGGUGAUUGGAGGAUUUAGCUUUCAAAAUUUAGCUUUCAGGUGCUUAGAGGAUUUAUUUCGUCCUCAAAUAAACUCUCUCUUACUUUCCACACAGGCAAAGGGUGAAUCUAACAUGGUUGUUUCGGACAAGAAUCUAGUUAAACGUUUGCAAAUGGAAGUGCUCAGGCGGGAAACAGAGGUACCCACCGUGUCAAGGGAAGAAGAUUUAAGAAUUCAGAAGGUUUUAAACCAACUGGAAUUACCGCAUCCUUAUGUAAAGAAACUUAUCUUCUGCAUCGGUGUGCUACCUGCAACAUUUUAUGCUGAGGAGCUAGGAGGCGGUGAUAGGGCAAGAAAUACAAUGAUCAGGCACUCCAUGAGGCUCUCAUCAUUUGCUCCUUUUACGCUAAACCAUGAAAUUCUAAGACUUGAAGUCCUGCUGGUGCAACUUGGGGAGGGACCAAGUCGAGCAUUGGAAAUACUAAUACAGAAGGAGGUACUAGAAAACCAUGAUAGGGCAAGAAAUACAAUGAUCAGGCACCCCAUGAGGCUCUCAUCAUUUGCUCCUUUCAUGCUAAACCGUGAAAUUCUUAAACUUGAAGUCUUGCUGGCUCAACUUGGGGAGGGACCAAGUCGGGCUUUGGAAAUAGUAUUACAAAAGGAGGUAGCCUGGCAGGGACUAGAAAACCAAGAUGCAGGUGAAACUUUUUGUAACCUGCAAGCAGAGAUAAAAGAAACGCAUUAUACCAGUUCUCGGCCAAAAGAAUUUGAAGUAGGAAGUCUUGUUCCUGUUAAUAAAAAAGAAAUUCCUAGACUUCACUCACAGGGCAGCGCCAUUGCAAAUCUUGAAGAACAGUUUCCAAAGGUGCAGUAUUUUACAGACAAAUUAGUGUCUCUCCCUUGCAUUCAAUUGUUGGUUUUGAGGUUCUUGGAGGAUUUAUUUCGUCCUCGUGAGGUUACUGGUGAUGUUUUGGAACAAAUUAAGAACGAGCCUGUAAAACAUAACAUAGUUCCGUUGCUCGGAUGUUGGCAAGAAGAUGAAGCCGAAGUUGAUGGUGGCUUUCAUCUUGAACCAGGAACAUCAAAUGCUGCUUCUCCAGAUGUAUCUGCUGUAGAAUAUGACCAUAUCAGUGAACAUGUUUUUCAUGUUAAAGUAGAACAUCCUGCAGAUAGAUAUGAGAAGAAGGCUAUUUCUGAUGAAGCCAAAGAGCUCAUGGAUUGUCAUAGGGAGACAAGUGACAGCGGUGCAUUCCGUAAUGGGAAGAUUGAUGUCUCCGAAAAUCGUGAUUUCUUGGGCUUCCUAUGUAGCAAUGGUGGUCAGCUGCUGAUUUGUAAUACAAGUAAUUGCCCUUUCGUAUUUCAUCAGAACUUCUUGGAUUCUGACUUAAUAUGCUAUAAGAAGGGUAAAUAUUACUGCCCCAUCUGUUCAUAUUCUCUUGCUUAUGAGAAUAGGCUGGGUGAGAUAGAAGAAAAGUUGAGAAGAAAGGCAGUGGCUUUUGAUGAAGUCUUCUCCGGCUGUACUGAUGGUUGUACCGUUAAUGAACAAAUGAAUGCGCGAAAUGAAAAUGGUUAUGGUUGUGACUGUCAAUUUGACGAUGCUCAAGUUCAUAACCAAUUUGUCGGAGUGGAAGACAAUGAGAUCAAAGAAGGGACGGAGUUUGAGGUUGAAGAUGAGAACAAUGGUGGCAACAGUGUCAGUUGUAGAGGUGAAGGCACCAAUGAAAUAAUUAGAGGAGGUUCUGGACACCCAUGCGUAUCUGAACUGCUUGAGUUGCAACAGGAUGAGGAAACUGCUGUCGAAGAAAAUUCAGGCGAAAAUGAAGAAGAUGAAGGUGGGAAAAGGGUGUUUGUGGAGAAAGAAGACGAAAUUGAGAAUGCAGAACUUAUGCAACCAGAAUCAAUGGAAUUGCCCUCAAAUACCAUUGUUCUAUCUGACACGGAGUCUCCUUUAGUGCAUAAAAGAAGGGAAGACAAUGAGAUCAAGGAAGGGAUGAAGUUUGAGGUUGAAGAUGAGAACAAUGAUGGUGACAGUGUCAGUUGUAGAGGUGAAGGCACCAAUGAAGUAAUUAGAGGAGAUUCGGAACACCCGUGCCUAUCUGAACUGCUUGAGUUGCAACAGGAUGAGGAAACUGCUGUCGAAGAAAAUUCAGACAAAAAUGAAGAAGAUGAAGGUGGGAAAAAGGUGUUUGCGGAGAAAGAAGACGAAAUUGAGAAUGCAGAACUUAUGCAACCAGAAUCAAUGGAAGUGCCCUUAAAUACCAUUGUUCUAUCUGACACAGAGUCUCCUGUAGUGCAUAAAAGAAGGGAAGACAAUGAGAUCAAAGAAGGGAUGAAGUUUGAGGUUGAAGAUGAGAACAAUGAUAGUGACAAUGUCAGUUGUAGAGGUGAAGGCACCAAUGAAGUAAUUAGAGGAGAUUCAGAACACCCGUGCGUAUCUGAACUGCUUGAGUUGCAACAGGAUGAGGAAACUGCUGUUGAAGAAAAUUCAGACAAAAAUGAAGAAGAUGAAGGUGGGAAAAGGGUGUUUGCGGAGACAGAAAACGAAAUUAAGAAUGCAGAACUUAUGCAACCAGAAUCUCUGGAAAUGCCCUCAAAUACCAUUGUUCUAUCUGACACAGAGUCUCCUGUAGUGCAUAAAAACCAUGAAAAAGCGCCAAAGAGUUUUACCAUCGUUCUGUCUGAUUCCUCGGAAUCUGAUGCUUCAGAUACUUGGUCUCCUUCCAUGGAACCGGAAGUUUCAGAUACUCGGCCUCCUCUACUGGGCGAGAUACAGCCUAAACAUAAAGGUCAAAAGACAAGAGAAUUCGGAAAUCAACCAACGAGCUCAAACUUGCCACUGCCUAGGACGAGGCGGCGUAUGAGAUUAUACUGGACAAGAGAAGAAGAAGAAAAGUUGAAGGAGCUUGUGAACAGUUUUCCAACCACUGGAAAGUACCGAUGCUGGAAGAAAAUUUUGGAAAAUGGUCGCGAUGUAUUUCACAAGGAUCGAACUCCGAAUGAUCUGAGAAAUAAAUGGGGAAAGAUGCGGGUGAAAGGCAAUGCUGAAUUCUGACUUCUGAAAGCGGCGAACUGCAUAGAAUGUACUGAAACCUCGCUUCGUGACCAUCGGCAUUCUUUGAGAUUUUAGAUCAAAGAAUUUGACUUGAUAUGUAAAUUGACUUUGUAGCAAUAUGUAAAAAUGUUUUUGCAUCCUAAGAAACCUGUACAUAUCUCACCAUUUGCAAAAA